CUUGGAAAAGGGCAGGGCCAGGGUUUGGGGCUUUGCAUAGCUCAGCCUGAAACAGUAGUGAAGUGACUGAUUUUGAGUUACUUCUCCAAAGUAACCUUGUAGUGGAAAUAAUGAGCUCCAUUAAAAUCUAUUAUACCAGCGUGUCUGGAUCCAGGGAGGUGAAGCAGAGACAAGAAGAAGUUACCAGAAUUUUAGAUAUUUACCAAAUAAAGUAUGAGUUAAUAGAUAUUUCUGUCAGUUUGAAAGUACUUCAAGAAAUGAGGAUGAAAGUUUCCACCCCUAAGGCACUACCACCUCAGAUAUUCAAUGGCCAAGAAUAUUGUGGAGAUUUUGAAAUGUUUCACAAGGCAAAGGAGAACAAAGAGAUUCUGAAAUUCCUCAAGAUGGAAUGAAUGUGCAGUGAUGAUACAAAAGAUGUUUACUGAGAUGGAUCUGCCUAUACUUCCAUAUACAUUGGUUAUUUUUAAUUAUAACAAUUGAAGUAUUUCAUUAAAGUUAAUUGAUAUCUAGAUUAACUUGCAAUCACUAACACAGGGGCUCUUACAAUUUCAAUUUUGCAUUAAAAUCA